AUGCCGCUCAAGGGGCUUUUGGCGGGCAAAACCGCCAUCAUAACAGGCGGCACUACUGGUAUCGGGCGAGCCAUCUGUCUCGGGUAUCUUGGCCAAGGGUGCAAUGUCGUUGUCAAUCACCUCGGCCUAGAAAAGGACCAGGUGCACCUAGACUCACUCAUAGCCGAAGCCAGAGCCAUCCUAGCAAAGGACCCUGAAGCCGGCCGUCUUGCUCAUCAGGCAGGGGAUGUUCGUGAAAUUGAAACAGCGGCGAGGCUAGUAGCUGCUGCCGUUGAGCAUUCUGGCGACGCUCGCCGUCUCGACAUCUGCGUCUCCAACGCCGGAGUCUGCACCUUUGCCGACUUCCUUACCUUGUCGCCGGAUCUCCUCGAAACAACGUUUAGGACAAACGUCGACGGCGCCUUUUACAUUACACAAGCAGCAGCCCGGCAAAUGGCACUGAAUCAAAGCCCCUCGGGAGGCAGCAUCAUUGGCAUGUCCUCCAUCUCAGCGCUGGUGGGCGGAGGCUUGCAGACGCAUUACACGCCAACAAAGGCCGGCGUGACGAGUCUGAUGCAGAGCACGGCGGUGGCUCUGGGCAAAUACGGCAUCCGCUGCAACGCCUUGCUGCCCGGGACGAUUCGCACGCAGCUGAACGAGGAGGAUCUGGCUGAUGACGCCAAGCGGAACUACAUGGAGGGCAGGAUCCCUCUCGGGCGAACAGGCGAGCCGGCGGAUAUGGCGGGUCCGGCCAUCUUUUUGGCGUGCGAGGAGUUGAGCGGCUAUGUGACGGGGGCACAGCUGCUGGUGGACGGUGGGCUUUUUGUCAACUUGCAAUAA